AAAAAAAAAAUAAAUGAAAUUCUGGAAAAGUUUCCUCGACAUGAUAAGGUUUCUCACAGAAUCAAAAUGGUGCAUCCUGAGCUCGCGUUGGCCGCUUCCAACAAGGCGAUGUCCAGCAAGGCUUCUUCGGGUAUUGCGAUCCCGGUGCUGUCAAAGGAGCGCACAAAAGCCAUUUGGCGAAAAGCCGACGCAGUGUGCUUUGAUGUCGACUCCACUGUGUGUCCAACGGAGGCCAUCGACGAGCUGGCGGCGUAUUGCGGCAAGAAGGAAGAAGUGGAGCGCGUAACACGGGAGGCCAUGGGAGGUGCUAUGGAUUUUCGAGAAGCACUGAGACGGCGACUGAAUAUUAUCCAGCCUUCGAGAACCCACAUUGCGAAGUUUCUCUGUGAUGAACCACAUCGUCUCACACAUGGCAUAAAGGAUUUGGUGUCACUGUUGCACAAACGCGGCGUGGACGUGUACCUGGUCUCCGGAGGAUUCAGGUGUCUCAUCGAACCCGUCGCCAAGGACCUGUGCAUCCCGUUCGAGAAUAUCUUUGCCAAUUCACUCAAAUUCUACUACAAAGGCUCCUAUGCCGGUUUCGACGAGACUGAGCCGACCUCGCAAAGUGGUGGCAAGGCUGUCGUAGUCAAGGCACUCAAGGAUAAAUUCGCUUAUAAGAACGUGGUCACCAUUGGCGAUGGUGCGACGGACUUGGAAACGUUUCCAACUGCUGACGCCUUCAUUGGUGAACCACCUUGUAUUUAA